AUGUCCAUCCGGCCCGUGUCCGGUCCGCCCGCCCCGCCAACCGCCUGGGGCGUUCUGAUUAGUCGAAGGCCAUGGGGCGGAAGGGCAUCCCAUGGUCGUGGCGCAGUUUCUCUAAACAUUCCAUACGCCAUUCCUCACUCAGACCAGUUUUGCACACAUUCAUCCGGAUCUAAAACUAUUCGUUCCUCUAUUUGUUCGGUCUUCGUACGCUCCGGUCCUCUCCGCCCGCCCCGCCAAUUACCUGGGCGUUCUGAUUGGCCGAAUGACAUGUGGUGUCUGGGCAUCCCAUGCAAGAGGGCCAAUCAGAUAUUAGCUACAAAUGCCGAUUUGGAGAUCAAUUGUUAUAUUUUCGAACAAAAACAGGUACAGUCAGCAGACGUGGGACAGGUCGACUGA